AUGUUUAAAGAUAAUGGAAGUAAUCAACAUCAAAUCAAUUAUCAAAGAAUUGCAACUCGACUUUACUCAUUCGUUCUUCUCAUUUCGCUUAUUAUCGUUAGUUUCUAUUUAUUAUUAAAUAAAGAUCUUCAACAAAAAACAAUUCAUCAACCAUCAGAAUUCCAAUUUAAAGAACUUGAAAAAAUUUAUUCUUCAAAUCUUUAUUGUCCAUGUUCAACAGACUCAAUGAGUUAUUCAACUUUUAUUACGAUUGAACCUUACUUUCAUCAAGUAUGUUUAAGUGAUAUUACAUCAGAUGCAUGGAUUAAUUAUGUCAAGGGUGAUAACAUCCGGAACGCUUACUAUUCAAGACUUGACUAUCGAAAUUCUGGUGUAUAUCAAUUCCAGUUAUUGUCAAUGUUAUGCCAACAUGCUCAACAAACAGUUAAUAUUAGUAUCAAAACAUUUCUUCAAACACAAUUUCUUUCUUCACAAGUCAUCUCUCAAAAUCGAUUUGAAACUAAAGUUAAUUCAACUAUUAAUGAUUGGAAAUCUGAAACUAUCGAUCAAUUUUUACAAACAAUUAAAAUGUUUCAAGCUGUAUCACACGGAAAUCAACUUAUGAGUCAACAGUUUAUUUAUUAUAUGGACUCGAAUGGUAUAAAAUUGAAUCUUAAAGUACAAGAAUAUUUAAAUUGUUCAUGUACUCGAUCUUCAUCAUGCCUUUUCCCUAUCGUCGAAGGAUUAAUGAAAUCAACUUUAGAAUGUUUUUAUAACCUAUCAUGUAUGAUUGAAUUAGAUCGAUAUUUUUAUUUUCCUCUUGGAUCAUCUUUUAAUUUUUCACCUUUAAAUGAAAAUCUUAGUCCACCAAAUGAAACAAUUGAAUCAAUUAUCAAUAGACUUAUGAUUGAUUCUUGGACAUCGAAUAUUUCAUUUUCUUCAUAUUAUGACAUAUGUUCUCCAUCAUCAUGUACGUAUGAAUAUAUUAGUCGAAGUGAUUUAUUCUUUGUUAUAACAACAAUUCUUGGUAUUUGUAGUGGUUUAUCUCUUGGAUUAAAACUACUUACUUUAAUUAUUCUUCGAUUUAUUGAGAAUACAAUUAAUAAUAAUUCUUUUAAUGGAUUUAUAACAAUGAUAAAAAACUUAUUUGUAUGUAAUACUGAAAAACGUCUUAUUAAUCGAUUUCAUUUCAUUUUUCUUUUAUUAAUAUUAUGUGUAAUAUUUAUAUUUUCUGCUUUUAAACCAAAAUCAGUUACUAUCCAAAUAAUAAAACCAUCACUUUCAAAUUAUAAAGAUUUAUUAAAAGAUCAUUAUUAUUCUCUUCAAUGUUCUUGUUCACAAAUAUCUAUUCCAUAUGAAACAUUUCUUAAUAUCGAACCUCAUUUUCAUGAUUUAUGUUCAAGUCAAUUUAUUUCUGAUGAAUGGAUUUAUUAUCUUUAUGGUGAAGGGAAUCUUUUUCAUCGAUUUUCAUUCGAUGAUUAUCGUUAUUCAGCUCCUGGACAAUUUCUUUUACUUUCUUCAUUUUGUAAACUUAGUCAAGAAAAAGUAAAUCAUACUCUUUCGCGUUUAUUGGCAAGUUAUUUUAUUAAUUCUCAGCUUUUAUCUGAAAAUCAUUUAAUUGAACAAAUCGAAAUAAUUCUAAAUCGACUUCAAUCAACUACAUUCAAUUCAUUUCUUAAUCUUUUAAAUUUAAUUCGUGGAAUAAUUGGUUCAAAUAUGAUUAUGAAUGUAUGGAGCACUAAUUGGGAAUAUUCUUUUCAAGCUGAAUUUAUUUUGCGAGUUGCACGUACAGAACCUGUAAAUUAUGGUGAAUGUAAUUGUGGAUUAUCAUUUAAAUGUACUCAAUCAUCAGGAGGUAUGAUGAGUGGUUGUUAUCCACUUGAAUCUAUUCUUCAAACAAAACUUUACUGUUUUUAUGAUCAAAAUUGUAUUGAUUCGAGUGGAAAUUUUACAAGUUUAAAUAUGUCAACAUUGGAAAAAAGUCAAUUUAAUUUAAAUU